AUGAGAGAUCAACAUGAUAAUAUAGUUCAACAAAUAAUCAAUUCGAAUAAUAAUGUUGUACUACGUGGUGUUGUCGAUGCAAGUCCAUUAGCAGACCUAAUAGGUUUUCAUGCUGUUAUUUCCCUCCCCAACGAUCUAAUGCAUGACUUUAAUGAAGGUGUUUGUAGACAAUUAUUAAUGGCUAUGUUAAAAGAAGCUUCAACAAAAAGAAUCCUUACUUAUAGUGAAAUUGAAAGUCGGUUAUUAUCAUUUGAAUAUAGUAUUAAUGAUAAAUCAAAUAAACCACCAGUUAUACGGAAAAAACAUUUAAAAAAGGGUAAAAUUGUUGGUACAGCAUCACAACAGAUGUUACUUUUUAAAUUAUUUCCAAUUAUAUUCUACGAUAUAAUUGAUCGAUUAUAA